UGCUAUCACCUUUAGAGUGGAGGGGGCUGAAGGGACUGUACAGUAUGUUAUAUUUACUGGUUAGAAUGCACAACAUUCAGACGCUACAAGGCUGAGUUGUCUUCCCUCCACAGAUCAAGCCCUAUCUGACUGAUAGCCAUGUCCUCCUCCUCUCUUCUGUGGUGCCUGCUGGUGGUGUGUGUUCUGGCUGUGGUCCAGAUCUAUGCAGCAGAGGAACGUAAGGUCCUCAAGGUGUUCAACCUCAGAGCCAGCGACCUGAACAGCGGCUUGUUCCAGACCCCUGAUGCCUACGUCAAGGUGUUUAUGGGCUCCGGCUACGGCGGGAAAACAGAGGUAAAGAACAACAACCAUGACCCCUGGUGGAAGGAGGACUUCAACUUCUUCAACGCCAUUGAGAACAACCCCAUGAGGCUGGAGGUGUACGACAGUGACGUGCUCUUCGACGACCUGCUGGGGACCUGCGAGCGCUCCAUCAAGAUUGGAACUUGGCAACAUCAAUGUUUCCUGAAGAAGGGAGGGAGCCUGUACUACUCCUACACCCUAGAGCCCCUACAGUAGACCCUGUACUACUCCUACACCCUAGAGCCCAUACAGUAGACACUGUACUACUCCUACACCCUAGAGCCCCUACAGUAAACCCUGUACUACUCCUAUACCCAAGAGCCCCUACAGUAGACCCUGUACUACUCCUACACCCUAGAGCCCCUACAGUAGACCCUGUACUACUCCUAUACCCAAGAGCCCCUACAGUAGACACUGUACUACUCCUACACCCUAGAGUCCCUACAGUAGACCCUAUACUACUCCUACACCUUAUAGCCUCUACAGUAGACCCUGUACUACUCUUACACCCUCUUUAGUAAACCCUGUACUACUCCUACACCCUAGACCAUAGAGCCCAGUAGACCGUGUACUACCCCUACACCCUAAAAGCCUACAGUACACCCUAGAGCUCAUUAGACCCCUUCCACAUAGUUAAAACAACAUUUACUACUGAUAGUCCUAUAUCCAGUAGAAGCCUCUUGUUAUCUACAGCAACGUCUGGUCCCAUGGUCUCUCUCCUCUUAUCUAUAUUUACAACAACGUCCCAUUUCGGACCCCUCAUCUGUUACAUGGAUUUCUAAUUCUUCUCAAACUGAGCUGGAAAACCGUCCUCCCCCUGACCUCAUCCUCAGGCUCAUCAUAACAGACUAGAUUCUAGAACAUUGAACAGUACAAAACUCCACCUCCACCUUACAGUUAGUGUAUUGUAAUUAGUGUCUACACUGAUGUCUCUCUCUCAGUCUCCCACUUUGUGUAUUUAACUGAUUUGGGUAUAAACCGGAUCUCAGUGGAUCAGGGACCAUGCAUGACAAACAGUACACCAGAUUUAAGACUGUCCAUGCACCAGAUUUAAGACUGUCCAUGCACCAGAUUUAAGACUGUCCAUGCACCAGAUUUAAGACUGUCCAUGCACCAGAUUUAAGACUGUCCAUGCACCAGAUGUAAGACUGCCCAUGCACCAGAUUUAAGACUGUCCAUGCACCAGAUUUAAGACUGUCCAUGCACCAGAUUUAAGACUGUCCAUGCACCAGAUUUAAGACUGUCCAUGCACCAGAUUUAAGACUGUCCAUGCACCAGAUUUAAGACUGUCCAUGCACCAGAUGUAAGACUGUCCAUGCACCAGAUUUAAGACUGUCCAUGCACCAGAUUUAAGACUGUCCAUGCACCAGAUUUAAGACUGUCCAUGCACCAGAUUUAAGACUGUCCAUGCACCAGAUUUAGCAACAUACAACUGCUUAUUUCCAGUAAACGUGAUCAUAAAACAUGGGUUCUGUGCUUGUUUAUCUCGUGAACUGCAGUAAAGAAGUUGACCUCUUGUCACUAUGAUUGUACUGUUAUGCUCCUUCUAGCUCUGUGUCUGAUUGGCUCUGUCCAACUGUCACUUCCGUGCUCACUCUACCAUGGCAUCAAUUAAUAAAAACUAGAUUCACUGCACAGCG